CCCUGAUCAUGCUGUGGGCGUACCUUACGCCGAAAAACAAAGAAAAGCGCAAUUGAAGGACGAAAAGGAGCAAAUAAAGAAGGAGGGGCAAAGGUGAAGGAAGAAACGGAGGAAGGGAGACAAAGGGAAGCGUGGCGGCAAGCACGGCAAGAGAGUAAGGACCAGAGGAGAAUGUCGAGUAACUGUUGUGUAAGUUCUGAGAAAAAGUCUGUGAACGAUAUCUGGGCAGCUCUCAAGGAGUCAGCACGUCAGCAACUACUGCGCAGCCCCACGCCAGGGUGUACUACGGCCGUAAUCGAGCCUGAAAAGAAAAACCGUCAGCUCAACCGAAACUGGAACGAGCUCUGCAUCCUCGACAAUGAAUCCAAGAAGAAUCGGGGAAGACCGACAUCGACGCAACAGCAGCGAUCACGACCUGAGAAAGACCGGCUGUCCUCAAUCAAGCAGCUCUUGGGCGACGGUCACUCCCGCACACUCGUCAGAUCGAACACCUCACACUGCCUGGUCCCGGCGACCAACGAGUCGCAUCUUGUCUCAGGAACCAGCAAGUCAUGCAAUGCUGCGCCCGCAAUCAGCAAGUCGCCUAAUCUUGACCCGGCAAUCACCAAGGCAGCAGUCCUUUCCACACGAGUCGACGAUGCAGAGAGCAAUCAAUCAGUUAAUCAGACCAGCAGACGGCAAGAUGACAGGGAAGAGAAACUGGGGAAGAAGGAAGAGGAUGAGGGGGAGGAACAGAAAACUGAAAAGCAAACGACGACAGGUCAAGACGACAAACAGAAGCUGCAGCUGCAGGAGGAUCAGAACGUUGAGAGAGCAAGAAAGAUAACGCAGGAGAGGGAGGAGGAGGAGGAGGAGGAGGAUUCCGAAGAUGAAGCGGAAAAAGAGAAUCAAUGUGAGGUGGAUAGGAGUAGGUUCACAGGUGAUUCAGGUGACGAGUUCCAAGAUGUGGAUUACCAAAAGCUUCUUCAGGCAGUGCACCGGGACGUCAACUGUUUGUCGGACCCGAGGAUUGAGCAGCGGUUCUCUGCACUUAAGCGCCUGAAUCGGUGUCUACUCCCACGCAGAGGUGUUCUAGUGCUGUCCUCUGGAGAUAGAGUUAAAGGGGACGAGGUUGAGGACAAAAAAGCUAUUUUUGGACAUGGUAAGGUGAAGAGGGCGGUGACGGGCAAUGAAGGGAAUCGCGAUCCUCCCAACGAAGUGGUAUCUGUCAUCGUGUAUAAUCACGUUCUGAAGCCUUUGCUGAGGCGAUUCGAUGAUGUGGCUGAGCGCUGUCGAGAAAUGGCUGUUUCCACAGUGCUGGACUUGUUGAUGGUGGUCCCGGAAGCAGUGCUUUGUCUUCUAGCUUACGUUGUGUCGGCCAUGUCAGAGAGGCUGCAGAUGGUUGUGCCUCCUGGCUAUCAGAUCGGGGGGGAGGGGGAUGAUGAGAGUGACUGUUGUGACAGAAGUCUGCUGGUCAUCGGAGCGACUCCUGUGGAAUCUUCCGAGGAGAUCCGGCUUCUUUUGGUGAGAAUGGUGAGGAUGCUGAUGCAUAAAGCCGGCGAACCGGACACCAUAGCCAGAUAUGGCUCGGAGAUCGCCAGCAUGCUGGUCGCUUCUCAGAUGGACAAUCACCCUGAGGUCUUAGCAGAGGGGGCCAAGGGGCUAGAGGAACUCGCUCGGCUCAUAGGCACCUCUCUGCGCAGUGUGUCCAAGGUAUUGGUUGAGGCCCUGCUGCCAGCUUUGUGCCACAAGCGUUUCCGCGUUCGCAUCGCUUCGAUCAGAGCUGUUCAAGUUCUGGUGCCCCUAGGAGCAGCAGAUUCUAUCCUCAAGCUGGUGGGCUGGAAAGAUCCAAACUUGGUGCCAAUCAAGGCCUUCUACGAGGUGCAGGUAAGGACGCAGUACUUUGCAUGCCUAGCCAAGGAUGACAACGUGUCAGUCCGAGAGGCGUUCCUGCGAAUGGUAGGUGAUUGGAUGGUCAACAUGCCAGAGCACUCAGACCACGAGGUGCGCCUCCUGCCUUACGUGCUGUGCGCUUUCCACGAUCCAUCGCCGAAACUUCAGCAGCUCGCGUUCAAUUUGAUGGAGAGCAUUGGAGAACAAUAUGAGCUUGAUCACAAAGAUGAGCUCAAAGAGACAAAGUACUACAUGCUAGAGGAUGUCGCAAUGGACUUUUUUGACUCGGCUUCUCCUCCUCCUCCUCCUCCUCAUGAUCAUCUUUCGUCUUCCUCGUCUUCUUCUGCUGCUGCUAGUUUUGGUGGUCCUGCAUCCAGACUGCUCCGCAAGCCACCAUUUGCUAGGAGACCCCGCUUGGGAGCCAGACGUAAGGUGAAAGGAACGCUAACGUACUUGCAGCAUCCCAUUCUGGCAGAGCUGAACGAUUGGACCGGAAACACUAGAUGUCAUGCGGUUCAGCUCCUGCAGACUCUUCUUAUUUAUAGCGAGGAUAGCGUGACAAUGCAUCUUCACCCUUUUCUGCUUGCCUUUUGCAAGCUUUGCCAAGAUGAUCUGAUCCAGGAGCACGUAGUGGACUGUUCAGCCAUCAUUGGAUACUUCGUGGACCCUUCCGUGUAUGUUCCCGUGCUCUUGCCUCGAUUGUCUGUGCAGCAUGUCUAUCAUUCUGUCGCCUCUUCGAUCUCAGGAGUCAUCAAGCUACUUGCUAGCUUAAUUGCCGGUUCGCGGAGCAAGGGAACCAAUCAUAUCAUGCGUAUGAAACCUCAUGUAGUACAGAUUCUUUCCUCGUUAGUUGACAGUGAGCUCCUCGACAACAAGGACAGUCAGCUGAAGAGGGAAAGCCUUGCUCUUGCCCGUGAGUUGUUAUACGCUUGGCCGUGGAGGUCCACAUCAACGGAGAGCAGCGGGCCAACAACAUCUGCCCUUGCUCCUGCCUCUUGUCCUUUGUCGUCCUCGUCCUUCUCCUGCGGCUCUUCCUCGUUGUCACAACAUGAAUAUGCCAUGAUCGAUGAUGACAAUGUCGCAACGAUGCUGUGGCUUCUGCUGCAUCUCCGUGCAUCGGGGACGGGAAGCGGCAGCGAAAGCGUGCUGCACGAGGCGGUCGAUGAGUGCUUGGUUAUCUUCAGCCAGAUCAAUGGCUUCAGCGACGUAAGCAGCUUGAUUGAACGCUACGUGGACCGCAUCGUGACAUGGAUCCCACCGCCACGUCAGUGGACGAGGUUAAGCACCUCGGUGAACAUAGACAUUCUCUGCUUCCUAUUGCAUCAGCAUGAGUUCUGGAGGAGGGGGGGUCAUCAAGGCAGGAAUUCCCGUUUAACUUACCGUGAUGACACAAGCCACUACGACGACAGCCAACUGGCUGCAGGACAUGCUGAUGUGGCAGGAACGAAACUAGUGGCUCUCCUUGCCUCCACGAUGGAUAGCUCGUCGUCGGUGUGCGAUUCUUUCAAAUGCAGGUUGCUAGAGCACCUGCUGCUACCAGCUCGACAGGUUCCAGUUCAACUCGCCGAUCUUGUAGCGAGUCAGAGAAUCGACGAGGACAUUGGCAGCGGAGCGAGUGUAGUGUCUGUGACGCUGCCAUACACAGAUGAGAAAAAGUGUAUGGAAGAUUUGUCCAAGGACGAUAGAAUCCAGGUUGUGGUUGACCACAGGUGGAUCGUUGCCCUGUUGACGGACGUCGUAGUUCCGUCUGUGAGUCCUGGUUCAGACACACGGCUGGCUGCCCUCAAAGUGUUUGUCACUAUGACGGAGGCAAUCACCGGUGCGGUCCCCUCCAUCACUGUCACCGUGGUGCGUGCUAGGGGGGUGGGUAAGUACUUGUCGCACAUGCUCACGGCCUCCACUGCUCCUCCACAAGACGAAAGCCAGGAGUGUGGGUUUUUCUCAAAGGUGAACACCCCCCUCGAUAUGCUGCCGUUUGGUGCCAUGGCUACGACAGAGACGGUGGUGGAGUCAGGGGCAGUCAUGGCGGACUUCUCAGCCAAGGGCAGAACCGCUGACCCUUCCCUGCAAUUGCGCCUGCGGGAGGGAUUCGUCCAUGACUUGUUGAAGAUUCUUGACGACGACAAUGACGCGAAAUGCAGGGAACAGGCAUGCCGAGCAGUCCUGGCCAUCCUUACGCUGAGCGAUGGUGCUAGCCUGCUCCUUGAAGCUUCAGUUCAGCCGGAUGUCCUCCUGGAAACAGUGGGAAGGAAACUACAUGACAGCAGCAAUGCUGUGCGUGGGUCUGCGUGCGAGCUCAUGCUGAAGAUUUUGAAGGACAUUAGAGUAGCGGCAUCGGAAAAGACUCAAGCUGAGCGGAAAACGAGAGGAAAUGGGGCCAUGAGCUCGGAUCGUGAGCAUGGAGGGAAGAGGGCGCCGCAGCCAUGGAAAGGGGAGGAGGAGGUGGAGGACAAGGAGGAGGAGGAGGGGGAGAAGGCGGCGGCGGCGCCGGAGGACGAGGAUACACUACGGCUGAGCCUCUCUGCUGUUCAGAAAGUCGUUAGUUUGUGUGAAACGCUUGUCAAUGAGAAGGAGAUGGAGAUCACCUCCUUGUCGUCAGAUGAGCCUUCUUCUCACCUUCUCUUCUCGAUCAGACGUUUACUGGCUAUGGCCAAACGAUCCUUGACUGACUUCUCUACCGGGACAAGUGGGCCUUGAAGUUCCUGGAUUGUUCCUCAAGGUGCAUCAUCAUGAUCUUUGAAAGUUGAGCAUGGCAUUGUGUUUUCCUUUCCCACUUCACUCCAGAGCGCGAGAAAGGAGAGGGCAGGUUCCAGCUUCUCGAUGAGAGUAGACACGUUUCCACUUCAGUGGACUGCACUCGACAUAAUGAAGACAGUGUGGACGA